AUGUCGCUGGCUUCAGCGCUCAUGACCAGAGUCGGACAACUCAUAAGAGACCCUCCUCGCGCUCUUGUCCGUCUGGGUAUCUUUGCUGCUUUUUCCGUCUUUCUUAUCCUGGUCACUUGGAAAGGCUCCAACUUAUCUUACAGCUGGACAGCGUCGCCGAUCAGUGAAUAUGAACUGGGGAACAUCACUCAACAGGCAAAGGCGUACAACGAGAAUCCGGUAAAGGCGCCGUAUAAAACCACUUUCUGGGAGGUUGGACAGAGGUCAAGGGAGUUGAGCAAAUGGUUGUCAAGGUCUGAUGAAAUUAGAACGAGUUCACGAUCUGGACGUCAACUGCGAAACGUUGUAGAGUCGGCGGCUCAAGAUCUUUUCCCUUUUCUAAAGCAUCCACCGCGCAAACCUCGAACACAAACCCCUCUAUCCGAUCUGAGAAAUUCUUUCGACAAGGGAUCUAGAGGAAUUGUUAUUCCUGUUGGAGGCGGCGAGCAAUCUGUUCGCUUUGCUGGUCACUUGAUCGUCAGUCUACGAAAGGUCUUGGGCUCACAACUACCAAUCCAGAUCGUGUAUGCGGGAGAAGAUGACUUGCCAAAGAAGGAUCGCAACAGGAUAUCGAACCUGGACGGUGCAUCUAAGAUCGAGUUUCUCGACAUCUUUACCGUUUUUGACGACACGACUUUGAAGCUCAAGGACGGAGGAUGGGCUAUCAAAGCCUUUGCGCUUCUCGGGUCUCGAUUCGAGGAGGCGAUUCUACUAGACGCAGAUGCUGUUUUCCUCCAACGACCCGAGGAACUAUUUGAGCAACGGGCAUAUACCGAAAAGGGCGCCCUGCUCUUCCACGACAGACUCCUUUGGCAGCAUGCUUUUAAGCAGAGACACGAGUGGUGGAAGGACCAGAUCAAGGAACCUACAGCAGAGAUGAACAACUCCCUCGUGUGGACCGAGGAUUACGCCGAAGAAUGCGAUUCAGGAGUAGUCGUCCUCAACAAAGGACGAGUAAGCAACCUCGUCGGCCUACUCCACGUAGCAUGGCAAAAUACACACGAUGUCCGCGAAGAAGUCACCUACCGACUCGGCCACGGUGACAAGGAGUCCUGGUGGCUCGGGUUAGAGCUCGGUGGAUCCCGCUACGAGUUUGAGAAGCAUUACGGCUCCAUGCUUGGAUGGGGUAAAGGGAAAGAAGGAAAUGUGACAGAGGUGUGCAGUUUUGUCAUUGCGCAUACAGAUCAAAAAGAUAAGCUGCUGUGGUACAACGGCAGCUUGUUGAAGAACAAGAGGGUGGAUCCAGAUGGAUAUGAAGUUGCUGAGUAUUGGAUGAUGGAUGGAAAGUGGCACAAGGGUAGGACAAAGGAUGAUAUGAGCUGUAUGACUGACAGUGAGGUUAUGGAGUUAAGCGCCGAGGAAAAGCGUGUGUUGAGAGAGAGUAUAGAGGUUGCAAAAGAGGUGGAUGCGACUUUGAAGAAGGGGGGAUGA